UUGGUGAGGAGAGAGGAGAGCAGAGCGUGCAUUACCGGGCAUGCGGAGCGAGAAUGAUAUACGGUCUGGAGGCUCCUUGCAGUUCCCUCAAAGAUCCCCAGCCUUACAGACAAACCACACUGAUUCCUUUGAAUGUCGACAAUAUCCAUCAUCCUAAAUCUGUACAAGACAACUGGCUCUCUUCUCUUUUCUGGUGUGUGAAUAAUCAGGAGAAAUGAGAGUUCACUUCUCCACCAGUUGGAUAUUUCAAGGCUGGAUCAUCCAUCUGGUUCUCACUCUGUGCGCACAGAGAGCCCUGUCUAGACCCACCUGUUCCCAGCAGCAGUACCUCAAAGAAAAGAGAUGCUGCAGCAGGUGUGAACCAGGGUUCUAUGUGUUUGCAGAGUGUGCUGGAUACUCUGACACAAAGUGUCGUCCGUGUGGCAGUGAUGAGUACCAGCCUGACUGGACCAACGAGACCAAAUGUCUGCCUCAGAAGUUCUGUGACACAGGUAAGGGCUUUAACCGUGUGAGGCCCAGUAACCGCCUGGCUGCAGUACCCUGUCAGUGUAAACCUGGUUUACAGUGUUCUCCCAUCAACUGUGAGUUCUGUGAGAAGAUUCCUACCUGUGGACCAGGAUAUGGACUGGAGACUGACACUGAGUCGGGCAGGAGAACUUGUGUUGCGUGCAGGAGAGGACAUUUCUCUCCCAACACCUCUAUGGAACCAUGCAGUCUGUGGACCAAUUGUAACGGUCUGGGGAAGAGUGACAAGCAGACGGGGAACGACCAGACUGAUGCUGUCUGUGGACCCCCUCUCUCUGGUGCCUCUACCUCCUGGGUCCUACUCUGGGUUCUGUCAGUCAUCACUGUCCUCUGUCUCCUCAUCCUCCUGCUCUUCUGCUACAAGAAAAAACUUCGACUACUCUCAGUGAAUUUACGAUCAUGUGUCCAGAAUCUGAAAAGGACCAGGAUACAGCAGGAGACUCUGGCCCCUCUCUACCACAGUGGGGUCGUGGGAGGGGGACUAGAGGGUCAGAGCGGCACUCUACGUGAGACAACCUGUCUUAUUGGCCUGGCUCACAGCCCCUCAGAAACCCCACACACCUGUCCUACAGCUACACCUGGUGACCAAGUCAAACUGCCACCCACCAAAGAGAUGCAGGAGGAGAGGAAGGAGAAGGAGGAGAGGAGGGAGGAGGAGGAUGAGGGGGUGGGGAGUGAGGGGUCAGGGGAGGCGGAGGAGGUUUCUGAGGAUGGUGUGUGUGAGGAGGUUGUACCAGAGGAUGUGUGUGUGUCUCCACUGUGGGCUGGCUCCUGUGUGUGUGUGUUGUCUGUCAGGGAACCAUUAGAGGUAGGGGAUAAUGAAGACUGUAGCCAGGCUGUCAACCCUGGAACCCUCGGGACCUGCUCCUGUGGAGGAGAGGGGGAGAGCAAGGGGGGAGAGAAGGAUGAAAGGAAAGAUGGAGGGAGGGAGAGGGCCAAGGUGGUAGAGGGCCUGCAAGUGAAAAGCUCUGAGAGGAGCAGCCAUACCUCCUCCCCCUUCUCCCUCUCUCCCACCUCCUCCCCACUCUCCCCUGCUGACCAUUCAUGUGACCUCUACCCGCCACUGACCCAAGUCAGGUCAGAGGUCAAAGGUCAGCUUAUUGACAGCUCACAGGGGAAAGGGGAGGAGCUAUACAGACUGAACUGCAGCAUAAGCUCCACCCCCACCACAAAAGCCCCGUUGACCUCCACAAUAUCUCCUUACCCCUCGGUGACCUCUGUAACUGUGGGUGACCGGCAGUCCGAGCUGACCUCUGAGGCCUCCAGCAGUGAGCAAAACCAGGGACUUUCUUGGAGGAACAGUGGGGGAAACAAGCUCUCGUCUGGGGGCUCGGAACUGGAUUGUGCCCCUGAGAGCCUCCAGAGUCAACUCACGGAACCAGCACUCACCUCAGGUCAGGUGACGGGGAACAACAAUACCACCUUCAUCUCUAGCGGUCAGGUGAUGAACUUCAACGCUGACGUCAUCGUCGUCUACGUCAGCCAGACAUCUCUAGGCAACGAGGGGGAGGGGCCAGACGAUGCGUUCGGAAGCCCUGUCCAGGAACAGGCCAAUGAGAGAGCUCCGAUGUUCCAGAGUUCCAUCUCCUCCAAAAGUGUCAGCCAUUCGUCAGUGGCGUCCUCAGUAAACUCCAUUACCCAUAACCCCCUACGGCAGGAGGACAACCUGCCGGUUCAGGAAGUGACUGAUCAGUGGCCGAGGGAGAAUUGAAACGUGAACAUUGUGGAUAGUGUACCAUUAAACCACGAGAGGAGCGAAGCCAGUCCAAAGCCUACUGCUACGACCUACUCCAAACAAUAGUCAGUGUUCUUCCUGGGUUGGUGUUAAGUAUUGGAACUGGGCCAUAGACUUGGAACCUGGAGGACUGUGAUCCUCAUCUGGCCCUUGUAGUUGUUUCUCAAUAGUCUCACGUAGAGCUUUGGCGGUAAUGAAAUUUUGUCAGCUGGUGAAUGUCAAGCAAAUAACUGCCUGUCUCACAGUAAUUGACUGUUAAUUAACAUAAACACAUUUAGCAUCUCCUGGCUUCCACUUCCUACAAGCCACUGAUGCAGACCUUUAAAAAUUGAAUAAAUCCAUGUAAUAUAGCCGAAACCAUCACAGUAAAUCCAUUAUUUCUUUUGAGUGGUCUAAAGAAACAUGAUAUGAAGAAAAUGUAGUCUAAUUCCUUAUGUUAGGUCCUGAUCUGGCUAUGCCAAAUGUCUGUGGGCUACACUAGUUCAUUUAGCAGACAAGAUUUGUUUAGAAUUCUGUGGCAUUAUUUUAUAUUUUAUAAUAUGAAGAAUACAAAUGAACAAAGGGUUAAUGGAACAAAGCUGAAUAAUUAUAACACGAGGCUAGUCUGUGUUGAGUGGUUAACAAAGAAUCAGGUAUAGUACUCCCAUGUGCUUAAUUUAGAGGUUUUCGUGUAACUUUAGUUGUGAUACCAAUGUUGGGCUAUAUGUUUUGAUUUCUAAUACAUUUUAAGGCUGCAUGA